AUGGAAACCCAAGUCCUUGCCCCUCUCAAUGCAUUUGAGACACAUCUCAACUCCCUGGUGACAUGCCUCACGCAGACCAACACCUAUGCGAACGCUCCGCAGAUCGCGCAAACACUACUGGACACGGACGACGAACUUACUAGCUCGCUGAAUCUGCUACAUCGGCAUCAGCAAAACUACGCACGUAUCCUGAAUCUUCGUGCAGAGGUCGCCACGCUCCAGGAGCAGCUGAAAUCCACCAUCCGGCAGUGCGUCGCGCUGAGGGAUGAGGUCGGACGAAUCCACCCUUCGAUCGUGUCUGCGGACUCGGACGAGGACUCCUCAGAGGAUUUAGAUGAGGGCGCGAACGUGGCCGAGCUUGACUACCACACCCUCCUCGCAUUUGCCGCAAGGAUAGGAAAACACAAUGCCGUGGCAGCUAGAGAGGCUGAGGCCGAGUCCAGACGGUUCAAGAUCGCGGCUCGAAGAAUUGAAGACGCUACAAGUACGACAAUACCCAACGGUGUGCAGGAAGCACCAACGAUGGUGGGGAAUGGGACAGAUGAGACAAAUGCCGAGAUUGAGCGGAUCAACAAUACCAUCGCGGCAACAAGAGCGCAGAUGGGCAUGGCGUUCCCCGAAGCGGGCGUGCUUAGGGCAGGAGAGCUAGGGAAACUACAGCUAUUUCGUGAGCGCCAGGUCCAGACUGCUUCUGGUGCUGAUGGCGCUGUGGACCGGGCGAUGGACGAGGAAGUCGAGCGUUUGGUUAGGGAGACGGAGAAUGUUGGGGGGGUUUUACUUGGAAAGGAAGACCCUGAGGGUGCAGUUUCAAGUAUAAGCUUGAGUCCGGAGGUAACGAGACAAACGACAGCAAGAGAUGCUCCAAGCAGCAGCCAAAACCAGCCGCGACCAACCGCAGGGAGAGCAUCAGUACCUAAGCCUAGUCAGCAGGCGCAGCCGAGGAGGAAGCUGGACUUGGACUUCCCUAGUAGUGACGAGGAGGACGACUGA